CCAAAACUACAGCCUCUUAAUGUUUUUGUAAGCUAAGAAAAAAAAAAAAACCAAAAAAAAAAAAAAAAAGAAGCAACCUGUCAAGGAAAUUAGAGAUAAAAAAAAAAAAACAAAUUGCUGUAGUCUGUUAUCGUAGUUGGAUAAAAAAAUCUCAAAAAAACAUUACAGUCACAAUAGUACGCAUACAGAGAGAUCAAAUACACCAACACUCAAAUCAGCAAAAAUCGAACUAAGCAGCUUCGGUUCAGACACAACUACCAGAGCAGUAGAUUCAAGUUCUUGUUUGGAUUGUAAGAUACUGUAGAAGCAUAUUGGGCGAGAGGUUUAAAUUUCGAGGCCAGCAAACUAAGGAAAAUCUCUCGUGUUUUUUAUUUUCAGUUGAUUUUUUUGUUGGGAAAUUCUGGGGGAUUCAGAGAGUAGUAAUCCGAGGGGGAUGUUGAAUUACGAUAUAUUGAUUCUUGAUUGGUAGUGGUGGGAAGGGUAAAAAGUUCGCGGUUGGUUUUUGGUAUUUUGAAGGGCAGAUAACUUUUUAAUGGCUAGUUCUUCUUCUGAGAGGUGGAUUGAUGGUCUUCAAUUCUCUUCAUUGUUUUGUCCCCCUCCUCAAGAUGCCCAGCAAAGAAAGGCACAAAUUACUGCUUAUGUGGAGUACUUUGGGCAGUGCACAUCGGAACAGUUUCCCGAUGACAUUGCCGAGCUGAUCCGCAAUCGUUAUCCAUCAAAAGACAAACACCUAUUUGAUGAUGUUUUGGCCAUGUUUGUCCUUCAUCAUCCGGAGCAUGGACAUGCUGUUGUUCUUCCAAUUAUUUCAUGUAUUAUAGAUGGUACACUAGUUUAUGAUGGGAGCAGCCCUCCAUUUGCUUCUUUCAUUUCCCUAGUCUGCCCUAGCAGCGAGAAUGAAUAUUCUGAACAAUGGGCUCUGGCGUGUGGAGAGAUUUUGCGGAUUUUAACUCAUUACAAUCGCCCAAUUUACAAGCUGGAAAAACAGAAUAGUGAAACAGACAGAAGCAGCAGUGAUGGCAAUUCUACAAGUAUUGAAUCAGAAGGGAAAUCCUCCACCAUACCUCUGGUACAACAAGAGAGGAAACCUUUCAGGCCCCUGUCUCCCUGGAUCACUGACAUAUUGCUUGCUGCACCUCUGGGUAUCAGAAGUGACUACUUUCGUUGGUGCAGUGGUGUUAUGGGUAAAUAUGCUGCUGGAGAGCUCAAGCCACCAACAACCACUUCUUCUCGCGGGUCAGGAAAGCAUCCUCAGCUGGUGCCAUCAACUCCAAGGUGGGCUGUGGCAAAUGGUGCUGGGGUUAUAUUAAGUGUGUGCGAUGAGGAAGUUGCUCGUUAUGAGACUGCUACAUUAACUGCGGUAGCUGUUCCUGCACUUCUACUCCCUCCUCCAACAACAGCUUUGGAUGAGCAUUUAGUUGCUGGGUUACCUGCUCUUGAGCCAUAUGCAUGUUUAUUUCACCGGUAUUACGCCAUUGCAACUCCAAGUGCCACUCAACGACUUCUUCUUGGACUUCUUGAAGCACCGCCAUCAUGGGCUCCCGACGCUCUUGAUGCUGCUGUACAACUUGUGGAACUCCUUCGAGCUGCUGAAGAUCAUGCAUCUGGCAUAAGGCUUCCCCGGAAUUGGAUGCACUUGCAUUUCUUGCGUGCAAUAGGGACUGCAAUGUCCAUGAGAGCAGGUAUAGCAGCUGAUGCUGCUGCAGCUUUACUUUUCCGCAUCCUCUCGCAGCCUGCAUUGCUUUUUCCGCCACUAAGGCAAGUGGAAGGGGUGGAAGUUCAACAUGAACCUUUGGUUGGUUAUCUUUCAAGCUACAGGAAGCAGAUAGAAGUGCCUGCAGCUGAAGCGACUAUUGAAGCAACUGCCCAGGGAAUUGCAUCAAUGCUAUGUGCCCAUGGACCUGAGGUUGAAUGGAGAAUUUGUACCAUUUGGGAAGCUGCUUACGGUCUGAUUCCUUUAAGUUCCUCAGCAGUUGAUCUUCCUGAAAUCAUAGUUGCAACACCAUUGCAACCUCCAAUAUUGUCAUGGAAUCUGUAUAUACCUCUCCUUAAGGUCCUGGAAUAUCUUCCUCGUGGAAGUCCUUCUGAAGCAUGCCUAAUGAAGAUAUUUGUUGCCACAGUGGAAGCAAUUCUUCAGAGAACAUUUCCACCAGAGUCUUCUAGAGCACAGACCCGAAAAACAAGAUAUCUUUCUAGCUUAUGGCCUGCCUCCAAAAACCUUGCUGUGGCAGAGCUUCGUACAAUGGUCCACUCUCUCUUUCUAGAAUCAUGUGCCUCUGUAGAGCUUGCAUCAAGGCUACUAUUUGUUGUGUUAACUGUGUGUGCCAGCCAUGAAGCUCGUUCCAAUGGCAGCAAGAGACCAAGAGGUGAAGAAAACAAUCCUCCUGAUGAUGGCACAGAGGACUCACAAUCGACAUCUGAAACGCCAAGAAACAUCAAAUCUAGAAGGACGAAGAAACAAGGUCCAGUUGCAGCAUUUGAUUCUUAUGUUCUGGCUGCUGUAUGUGCUCUGGCUUGUGAGCUUCAAAUGUUCCCCUUUGUUUCCAGGGGGAGUAAUCAUUCAACUUCUAAGCAUGCACAGACUGUAGCCAAGCCUGCAAAACUAAAUGGAUCUGUUAGUGAGUUCCAAACUAGUCUCGACUCUGCAAGCCAUCAUACUCACAGAAUUUUAGCUAUUUUGGAGGCACUUUUUUCUCUGAAACCAUCUUCUAUUGGAACAUCUUGGAGUUAUAGUUCAACUGAGAUAGUAGCUGCAGCUAUGGUUGCUGCUCAUGUUUCUGAACUAUUUAGACGUUCAAAGGCUUGCAUGCAUGCGCUCUCUGUUCUGAUGCGAUGCAAGUGGGAUAAUGAAAUUUACACUAGGGCAUCCUCACUAUAUAACCUCAUUGAUAUUCACAGUAAGGCUGUUGCAUCCAUAGUUAACAAGGCUGAGCCAUUAGGAGCACACUUGCAUACACCAGUUUGGAAAGAUUCUCUUAUGUGUUUUGAUGGUAACAAGCAAAAUAGAAGUGCAAGCACAGUCUGCUUUAAUUCAGGGCAAUCAUCUGUCCUUCAAUACGAAGAAUUAGUUCAUUCAGAAACUAAACUUAAAUGUGAGAGAGCAUCACAUUCAGAAGAAGGCUCUGGAAGCACCUCGGGGAAAGGUAUUGCGGGAUUCCCCUUUGAUGCUUCAGAUUUGGCCAAUUUCUUAACAAUGGACAGGCAUAUUGGAUUUAAUUGCAGUGCACAAGUUCUAUUAAGAUCAGUGCUUCCAGAGAAGCAAGAGUUAUGUUUCUCUGUUGUUUCUCUGUUGUGGCACAAGCUAAUUGCAUCACCUGAAACUCAACCUUGUGCAGAAAGCACUUCUGCUCAACAAGGAUGGAGACAGGUUGUGGACGCACUAUGCAAUGUUGUAUCAGCAUCGCCAGCAAAAGCAGCUACAGCAGUUGUUCUUCAGGCGGAGAGGGAAUUGCAACCUUGGAUUGCCAAAGAUGAUGAUGAUUUAGGUCAGAAGAUGUGGAGAGUCAAUCAGCGCAUCGUCAAGUUGAUUGUUGAGCUGAUGAGAAAUCAUGAUACCUCAGAAUCUUUGGUAAUUUUGGCUAGUUCAUCAGAUCUACUUUUACGUGCCACAGAUGGGAUGCUUGUUGAUGGAGAAGCAUGCACUUUACCACAGCUUGAGCUACUGGAAGCAACAGCUAGAGCAGUUCAGCCAGUGCUGGAGUGGGGAGAGUCUGGACUUGCGGUUGCAGAUGGCCUUUCAAACAUCUUAAAGUGUCGUCUACCAGCUACUAUCCGAUGCCUUUCUCAUCCAAGCGCUCAUGUCCGUGCUCUGAGCACAUCUGUUCUUCGUGAUAUUCUUCAAACUGGCUCAAUAAAACCCUCUUCCAAGCAAGGGGACAGGAAUGGAAUCCAUGGACCCUCUUAUCAAUAUUUCAGCCUGGAUAAAAUCGACUGGCAAGCUGAUAUUGAAAAGUGCUUAACCUGGGAAGCUCGUAGCCGACUUGCCACAGGAAUGCCCAUUCAUCAUCUUGACACUGCUGCCAAGGAGUUAGGCUGUACUAUUUCCAUUUGACGUCUUAGCUUAUGGCAACCAUUUCAGGUUUAUCAUUACGCUUUCCAUGAGUGAGACUUUCAGAUAUAAGUAGACCAUGUUAACGAUUAAAGGAUCCGAUGGCCAGAAAAUUAACUUUCACUUUGUUCUAGGUUUAAAGCCCGGGGGAUAACAGUGUGUAGUGAAACCAGUGAACAGGGCCAUGACAAAAUCUCGUGUUGUGAUUAAUUUUAUCUUUGUUCAGGUUAGAUUUUUAUGUUACCUGCCAAACUUUAACAUUGAUGAUUCCUUUUACAGAUUGGUAUAUAGCACAAGGCAUCAGGUUACAUCCGAGUUAUAAUAA